AUGCUCCCCACGCCCUGCACAUCGCAUGUCUCCUUCGACACCAUCUACGAACCCUCCGAAGACUCCUAUCUCUUUCUGGACACGCUCUCAUCGACGUCUGAAUCAACAUGGCUCAAAGAACGAUUCAACGCCCCCACCAGUUCCUCCGACCCCUCCAUUAGCCCCUCGACAUCCUCCCCUUCCCCCCUCAUCAUCGAAGUCGGCUCCGGCUCCGGCGUCGUCCUCGGCUUCGUCGCAGGCAACUCCUACGAGAUCCUCGGCCGUCGCGACAUCCUCACCCUCGGAAUAGACGUGAACCGCAACGCCUGUCUCGCCACGAAAGAAACAGUCCAGAAAGCGACCCAAGAGCGCCAGACCGAUCCCAUUCCCAACCCGACCUCAGACUCAGACUCAGGAUCAGGAUCAGGAUCCAAAACAAAAACAAUCUACACCUCCUCCAUCACCUCCGACCUCCUCUCCUCCAUCCGUCCCUCUAGCAUCGACAUCAUCCUCUUCAACCCGCCCUACGUCCCCACAGAAGACCUCCCCCGGAUCCCCACCGCCAACGAACAAGACCGUGCCACCGAAGAGAAACUAUCCCGCUCGGAGCUCUUCGAUCGCGAAUCCUAUUUCUUGUCGUUGACGUACGCAGGGGGAAAAGAUGGGAUGGAGACCACGGAUCGAUUGAUUGAGCAGAUUCCGGACGUGUUGGAGCCAGUGCGCGGCGUGGCGUAUGUGUUGCUUUGUAAACAGAAUCGGCCAGGGGAGGUUAGGGAGAGGAUUAGAGCGUGGGGAGGGAGGUGGAGGGCGGAGUUUGUUGGGAAUAGUGGGGUGCAGGCGGGGUGGGAGAAAUUGGUUAUUUUGAGGAUUUGGAGGGAGUGA